AUGUCAUCUACACCUUCUCUCGAUCUCAGCAAUAUACAAUGGCGGAUGCCUGAAUGGGUACAAUCUGUGGGAGGUCUGCGGACCGAAAAUGUUCUUGAUUACUUUUCAUUUUCUCCCUUUUAUGAUCAUAAAUCCAACAAUCAGAUGCUAAAAAUGCAAUCUCAGUUUAAUGCUCUCGAUUUGGGUGACCUGAAUAAUCAUUUAAGAAGAUUGACCGGAACACAGUUCGUUGUAACUCAUGAAAGACCUCCCUUUUUAUGGAUUAUUCAAAAACAACAUCGGCUCAAUGAGCAAGAAGUACGACCAUUAAAUACUUAUUUUGUUUGUAACGAAAAUAUUUACAUGGCUCCCAAUGCAUAUUCAUUACUGGCAACUAGAAUGUUGAAUGCUACUCAUAGUCUUCAAACGGCUUUAAAGAAAAUUGAAAGAAUGCCUCAGUACCAUCCUCAAGGAGGAUAUACAUACUCUCAGAAUAUGUCUGAUAAUCCAAGUUCCCAAAUCAAAGAUGCACAGGAAUCAGAUAAUAACGAAAAUACAAAUGCAGAUAAUAAUGCCGACGGUACAUUUUCUACUGAGGAUUUCUCAGUCGUGCGAGCAUUUAUGAAGAGCCUACACUCUUUCCCUAAUCCCUCUAAUCCGUAG